AUUAAACAGGAACUGGAUCUCCAUCAACCUCCAAUGCUUCAGUGAUAAAACGGCUGUAAACGACAAGCUAAUAGCUGUAUGAUAAAGCUGGAACCACAUUCCUGAGUGAUAAACAGACUUCAUCCUAAAGACUGAACCCAUCCAUAGACAAUACCAGGGGCUGGAGUUACAUCUAUCUCCCCAUAUCCCGAGUCGGCAGCUGUGACGGCACACGCUACACGGGGAUCAGCGCACAUGCAUCUUGUAAUGAGGAAGUAGUUGACAAUGAUGUCAGUGCCACCGUCACCUUCAAGGUAUCUGAAUCCAGCCUGUCUGUUCUGACUCAUUCUCCAGAAGAAAGAUAAUGGUUCCUUGCUGGUGCAUUCAAUAUUGUCUGUAAACCAGCCUAUUGAUUUAAGAGUCUGUUUUGGACUCUACGGAGGAUAUUAUUUGCUGAUGUGAUGAGUGCAGGAUAUCUUACUCCUGUGAGAGGAUUACUAAAGUUGAUUUAAAGCUGCUGUGAAGAGGAAGAUUCUGAUUCAUAAAGAAUUGGCAGGAAGAGGAAGAAGACGCAAGAUGGCGGACGAUUGGCGACUGUGCGUUGAGUGGCUCGUCAGGUGCCAGAUUUUACCAGAAGACCACAAAGCCACACGGUCUGAUGCAAAUGCCUUUGAUUUAGCACAAGCUCUCCGAGAUGGAUCUCUAAUUUGUCAUUUGCUAAAUCAACUAUGUCCCGGAAGCGUCGACUUGAAAGAAUUCAGCCCGCGUCCUCAAAUGUCGCAGUUUUUGUGUAUGAAAAAUAUUCGCACAUUUCUGCAGACAUGCAAAAAGUCUUUUGGAUUACAUGAUAUGCAGCUCUUCCAACCGCCGGACCUGUUCGAUGUGAAGGACUUCCGAAAGGUUCUGGAGACAUUGUCAGUAUUGUCGAAAACUAGUCUUGCACUGGGAAAAACAAGCGGAUUCCCCCCAGAUUGUCAGGCCCAGUCCAAUCAUUAUGCCGAUGAUCCUGACAACAUCUAUGGAGAGUUACCUGACAUGGCAGUUGAGAAUGACCUGGAGGACACAGAAGAACUGUAUGACUGUGUCUACCAGGACGAGGAAGACAAGAUCUACGAUGACCUGUGUGGACUGCAGCGUGAGGAGCAUCGGAAGUCACAACCUGUGCCGAUGACAAAGCGUGACCAUUGCAUUAAGGAAAUGUUGGAUACAGAGAAGAACUAUGUAGAUGCCCUCACCAUGGUCAACCAGCAUUUCAUCAAACCCCUACAUGCCUUUAUUGCCACUCAAGACAGAGAAGUUAUAUUUGCCCACAUAGAGGAGCUUCUGACAGUCCACCGAUCAUUCUCUGCCGAUCUGCUACGUGCUGUGGAGACAGGCAAUCCCUCCAUCAGCAGUGUCUUUGUCAGUUACAAGAAGAAGCUGCUUAUCUAUGGAGAUUUCUGCUCUAACCUCCCUGCCGCUCAAGAGAUGAUUGACAAAGUCUGUGAGAAUGAUGUCAUCCGAAAUAAGAUAGUGGAAUGUGAACGGAAGGCCAACGAGGGCAAGUUUCGGUUGCGAGACUUGCUUCAUGUGCCGAUGCAGAGAGUGCUCAAGUAUCACUUGCUGUUAAGGGAACUCAUAAAGAACACAGACAACAGUCCUGAGAGAACAGAACUAGAGAAAGGCUUGGAAGCCAUGCAGGAUCUCUCCCUAUAUGUGAAUGAAGUGAAGAGAGACCAUGAAGCCCUGCAGCUGAUUGAUGAGAUUCAGAAUAGCAUUGUUGAUCUGCGUAUGCCUGCAAAUACAUCCCUGAAGGACUAUGGUCGCUUCCAGAAAGACGGGGAGUUAAAAGUGUUGUCCCAUUUGGACAGCCGUGUCCGGAACAGACAUAUUUUCCUCUUUGACAAGGUGAUGCUCAUGUGCAAGGCACGGGGUGAGACCUACAGCUUCAAGGAUGCCAUUGUGUUGGGCGAAUACAAAGUAGAUGACAGCAGUGUGCCAAAUGACAAGAGAACCGACAAGUGGAACUGCCCCUUCAUCAUGGUACAGAAGAGUCAGAAGAUGGCCUUCACCUUCUUCGCUAAGACAGAAGAUGCACGGCAGAAAUGGAUAGAGGCUAUACAGAUGGCACUAGAGAACACUCAGCCGUCAGCAGGCCCCAACUAUGUGAUGCAGACGUUUGAAAAACCCCGUGAAUGUGAUGUGUGUGGCAAACUCCUCAGGGGAGUAUUCUUCCAAGGCUACAUUUGUCAAGACACAAAGAAGGCUGUUCAUAAAGAAUGCAUAGGGAAGAAACCUGAUAUUAAACCUUUGUCACCGAGACAGCCCAGGCCAUCACCACAAGGAGUAACCAAAGCUCGAACUGUCACCGCCUACACGGGAACUCCGCCUCCCAAUGGGCACCGAGCACUCACCUUCAAGUUAGGAGAGACGAUUGAUAUUGUAGACCAGACAGAUAAAACAUGGUGGAAGGGUCGUCUUCAAGGUCAGGAAGGCUUCUUCCCUGCCAGCUAUGUACAAGUAUCUCGGAUUGCACGGAAAGACUCGUACUUGGACGUGACGUUUCCCAAUAAGUCCUCCAGUCCACAGCUAUCAGACACAACAUCCGCACCAUCCUCUGUCAACUCCUCACAUUCCUAUGUUAAUGUCACUGAACUCAAAGAAAAACCAUGGUAUGUGGACGAGAUGGACCGAGAUGCAGCCCAGGCCAUGCUUGACCAGUGUCCAGAUGGAACCUUCCUCAUCCGCAAGUCCAUCAGCAGAAUACGCUUGGGAGCAUACUCUCUCAGUAUUAAGUACGCCAAUGCAGUAAGGCACAUCAAGGUGAACCAGAAUGCUGAAUCAAAGUUCUUCUUGGCAGAGGGGCGCUACUUCGAUUCAGUCCCAAGACUUGUUUCACACUACCAACAGAACUCAUUGCGGGACAGCUUCCCUGAUGUCAACACAACACUCAAAAUACCCAUCCGGAAUGCCCAGAGUGAAGGAGGUGGGGCUGAAUUUGCAUGCUGUGUCUCAAAUCACAGAAUUCUGGGGUACGCUGUUGCCGUGUACGACUAUGCAGCUACAUCGACCACACAAGUGAGCUUGAAGGCUAAUGACCGGAUUGCAGUCAUCAGCAAGAAUGGCAGUGACAAGGGCUGGUGGAAGGGGCAGAACUUACGGUCACUCAAGAUUGGUUACUUCCCCUUGGCUUAUGUUGCCGAUGACGACGAAUAAUCGUAACCAUAACAACAGAUUUUAAAGUUACUUCAAAUAUGUACAGCUUCACAUGGUGCAAAGUUUCCCUAAAGGGGAAAAGACUUAUUUUUUGUGACAAACUGCACAUUCAUCGCUCAUGUUUUGAUCGGACAACAGAUUUUCUGCUCUACUGAGAUAUGUGUGAUAGUUGAGGAAGCAGACAGUACUUACUUAAAUAUACCUGGUGUCCAUUCGGCUUUGCUCAAGGUGUAGUUAAGACCUAUAUGUUUAUCACUGUAUUACACUCUUGUACAUGGGAUGUUUGAUAAGUAUGUAUGUAAGUAAUAUAUGUUCGAUUAGUUGAUUUACAAAAUAUUUGACCUAAUUUUUAAUGUAAGUGCUCCAAAUAGAAAAAUACAACGUCCACUUUCUGGAUUAGUGUGUAUUAGAUACUUCCUGAAUAUAUUCAAUAUCCUUAGUCGAAUUGUAUAAAUUGUGUUAGGUUUAUGAACAAACAAUGGACUGGUGUGUCGUCAUUAAAUGGCAUCAGCAUGUAGGCUUUGUGUCGCGAGUCCACUGAUCACCAUUACACCAUAUUUACAGUAUUAUGUUAGCCUGCUUAGUGUGUCCAGGCAGAGACGAAAAUGUACGCAGCGUCACGACUCUGCUAUUUCAUCCUGUAGAUAGGUCAUCUCCUCAGUUUUAUAUCAUCGGUGUUGGUAGGUGUAACACUUUGUUUUACAUUGACAAGCAUGUAUGCACAGCCUUUGAAUACUUCAAUGAACAAGUCAUCAUCCAGUUAGUCAUUGCAAAAUAAACAUUACUUGUAUAUAUAUCAGCUUCAGAUUGUGUGCUUAUCUUCAGCCUUUAAGCAAUGUGAUAUAACAGAUAUGUCCCUGGCUAGGGGACUGAUUACACCCGGCUCCAUCAUGUAUCAUAGAUUGGGUGGAGUAUUUCACCAUAUUUGAACACUUGUUAUAGACAUAGAUGCCUAUUUUGCUAUGAAAUUAUUUUACAGCAGUACUAGUGGUUCUGCUAAACUGCUCAUGUCCAACAAGCAACAUCUAUUUACUUAAGUGAUGGUUUCUGUUUGAUCUUAGCACUGUUGUGUUCUUAGGACUUGUUGGGCACAAUGUGUGAAGCCCAUUUCUGGUGUCCCCCGCCGUGAUGUUGC